AUGUAUUAAUAAUAAAAAGCUUAAAACUUACUAAAUAUCAGUUUAGAAGUAAUAUUAGGUGAAAAGAGCAAUAAUUUAAAUUUACUUAAAGAUAUAAAAAAUACAUUAACAAUUCCAGAGAAAGUAUUAACAACUAAAUUAAUAAAAGUAUUAAAAGAAUUAGCAGUAUGUUCAAAAUAAUAAUUGAAAGAAAAUUUAGAACAAAUAGAAACAAUAAGUCCGGAUAUAAAAUAAUAUUUAUUUAAUGAAAUAUUACCAAAUAUAUAUUGUCCGCGUACAUUAAAUAAUUAUUAAUUAAUAAAAUAUCAUUUUGAUAAAAAAUUAAGUAUUUAAUAUGAUAGCUAAAUUGUUGAAAAUUAAAAACUUAAUUUUGAAAAUAUGAAUUCUCUUAUUUUAGAUUUUGCAAAAGUUGAAUUUAAAGUUGAAAUUUCUUUAUCUUCUAUAAGAAAUAAAAAAAUAUUAAGACCAGCUAUUUUAUUAAGUUUUCAUACAAAAUAAGGUGUCACGAAAGUUUUUUAUAUUGAAAUUUAAUAAUUUCAUGAAUUUAGAAAAAAUUUAGCUUUAAUUAUGAGAUCUAUUCAUUAAAUUGAAUUAAAAUGA